AUGAAAAUUGAAUUAAGUAGUCAAUCAAACGAGAAAAUCAGAGUGCAACACAAAAUUCUCCAUUCUGUUGAGUUAAACAAGAGUAUUGGAAUUAUUUUUUCAACAUCGACGAUACGAGAAAAGAGUAAAAUAGAAAGAAAAGUUCAGUUAAACACCUCCUUACACUUCUCCCUUCUAGAGUUCUUUUCAUCAUCAAACAACAAAGUGUGA